AUGACACAACGAAGAUCUUCAAAACUGAGCUUGCAAGGAUUUACCAAUGUCAUGUUGGAGCCAGUGAAGAAAUUGUCCAACCAAAAAACUAAAAAGAAUAACAAUCAUCACUCACAGGUAUUUGAAAUUCCUCAAAUCACGAUUGAGGCUCCACAAGAGAGUGACGAUCUUAAACCUUCAUCACUUGUCACUUCUGAAGUGAAUGCAACCGUGUUCCAUACAUCUUCCUCCUCUGCUUUGCCUUUCAUUGUUACGACGACGACACCAACGAUCACGACAACCACCACAACCACCACAACCAUUCCGAAUGUUCAAACCUCUCAUCAUGAUGACCUAAGAAUACCAAAUAUUACUUGUGCAACGGAGGUGCAAAUUUCUCUUUCUGAACCUCCGAGUCAGGAGGAAUUAUCAUCAACGAAGGAACUAUCGAUUCAGAUACCUCAAGUUUCAAUUUCAUUUGACGGAGGCAAUGAUGUUGAACGACCAUCAUCAUCAGAUGCAAUUUCAAUAUUACAAGAGUCACAUCAUAGAGAAGAAACAGACAAAAAAGCAACGAUCGUUGAAAUUGCUGCUCCUAUUAAGGAUGAAUCAAAGUGUGAGAAUUUUGAAAAUAAGCAUGACGAUGAUGAUUUGACAGAAGUUGCUCUUCAAGAUAUUGUCAACAAACAACAACCUUCACAAUUGCCACAACAAUCAACAAGUGUCAUUUCUUCUAAAAAUCCUCUCGAACAAACAUCUCCAACAACACAUCCACCAAUUCUCCCUUUCAGUUCCAAUAACUUUCUUCAAGUACAAAAUUCAUUGGCUCCUUCUAGUGCAAAACUUAAGGCAAUGAGUCGAUCAGUUUUAUGGGAAGUGGACAAAGGCCAAGAAAAACGAACUUCUGUACGAGAAAUUCACACUAGCUGUGGAACGAUCGAGUUGUCACUUUGGAAAAUAUGUUCUUUUUUCGGAUUAUGCAUAGCAAUCUUUCUAAUUGUGUCUCUAGUUGUGGGAGUUUCAAUAACUUUUGUUUUUCGAAUUACAGAGAGAGACACUCAAAUCAGCCUUACAUCUUCAAAUUUAAAAGUAUUAAUGAGUUCGAUGCACCUGACGACACUUCAAAUUGUAUUUAAUGGAUUCACCAUGGACAAGUACAAACAGUUCAUUGAGACCAAAUCCCAAGUGAACCAUUUGCUAUCUGAAAUGAUCAUGUUUAUUCAACAGCAAUACAGCACCAGAGAAUUUACAAGAUCCUACGAGUUGGAAAAGUACAGAGAUGCUGCUGUGCUUGAUAUUACGAAGUGUAUGACACUUCAACAGGACAUUGUGUCACUGUCUUAUUUAGGAAAUAUUGAAUUGGCUACUGACAGGCUGUAUAUGUUUGAAAAUUCGACCGCUUCUGCAAAUGCUACACAAUCACUCGAUGAACUUGCCACUCGCUCAAUGUUGGUCUUUGAUGCACAGGAGAAAAUCUCAAGCGUAUCUUCUAGCAUUAAUUUGGCAAUUUGUAUUUUGUGUUUAUUUAUUAUUAUUCCUGUUUUAAUAUUGGCAUUUGUGUUAUCCAUCAAUAGGGAAGUCAUACAUCGAAAACGUUGGAAAAAGGCCAAUGCAAUUGUGUUACUGGAUACCAUGGCGGAUGAGCAAUUGGCACAAUUAUUUAAGGAACAUUGCAAGAAAGAGAUGGCAUUAGAAAACUUUCUAUUUCUUCAAGAAGUCUCCAUGUAUAAGGAUCUAUGUCUAAAAGCCAUUGAAAUUCAAGAAACCUUAUUCAACAGUACUGCACAUAAUAAUAAUAAUACUAAUAAUAAUGGACAUAACAAUACUUUGGAUGAACUCGAUCGCACUGACAGUGGCAGUGGAGGUAGUGGUGGUGCAUCAAGUCCAAAAAGAGGAAUUUAUCGCAACUCUGGAUCCAAAUCAUGCAAAAGUGUCUACAAUUUGAAGCAAGCUGAAAAAGUUCUUACCUCAAACCUUUUCCAAAAUAACAAAGUUCUCAAACGAUUUGGAUGGUUGAGUGAGAAGGAUAUGGAUGCCAUUGAACAACGUAAAUACGAAAAGGCAAAAGAAAUUUACCAAAAAUUCCUUGACAUUUCUGGCGAGUAUUCGAUUAACACUAAUCGACAUAAUAUUCAACAAGUGAAGGAGACAUUACGAUCCUACGAGUCUCAACUUAUUGAUUUCUUACCAGAUACUCUCUUUGACAAUUUGGAGCGUGAAAUUGCAGAGUUAUUGGUGGAUGCUCAUCGUCGAUUCAAGAAAACUCUCGCUUUCCAAAAACAAAUGAAAAUUGAAAAAUAUGUUGAAAUUAAGAAAAGAACUCGAAGAAAUACAACCAUUUCAGACCAGUAA